AUGGGAGAUGGAACACAACAGCAAGCAACAAAGCCAACACAAUCCAGAACAACCCAACAACUGGCUAGCAGCAUCAGUAUCUCUCCCACCGCCAUGAAAGAUCUCUCCCUCAGAUCCCACCACGACGAAUCCGAGCGCGAAGGACCGGGUGAACAUGUGGAUCUUGCCAAGCAACACAAGAAACUGCUCAACUACUACGAUGAUGUCUCUGUCUACCCAAUCCAGGAAGCCCGCUUUAGUCAAACUUACUUGGCCCGCCACAAGAAAAGUGGAGAAUAUCGUUCUGUCAUGAUUCUACCACGCAAAAAAAUUCCUCCCCAUGUCAUUAAGAAACAAAUUGACGGCUACCAACAAUUGCUGCAUCCCAACAUUCUCCACUUGUACGAGACGCUGGAAGAUCGCAAAAAUACCUAUUUCAUCAUGGAUCGAUUGGAUCAUCCCAACAUUUACGAGGUCAUUCCCAAAAUCUACCCCGAUUCCAGCAAAUUUGACCAAGUCCAAGUGGCCUUGUUGAUUCGCAUCAUUUUGCGCGCCCUGCAAUACUGCCAUGCACGAGGAUUCGCCCACACGGCACUGUCCUAUCACAACAUUUUGGUCGAUCCCAAACGCGGAUCCUUGCGGGGUCUGUACAUUGCCGGAUUUGGACAUGCCGUCAUGAAUAGAGAAAUGGAUGCCAUUUACAAACACCAGUCGCAAUUGCAUCGUCGCAUUGAAGAAGAUGAUGACGACAACAACAAUGACGACAGUAGUAGUAAUAGUGACGAUGGUGAAGACAGCGACAACAAUAACAACAAGACGGUGAUUGAAAUGGCCCCCAACGAUCUCUUUGCCGCUCCCGAAACACGCGCGGGGGACUUGUCCGUAUUUGAAGAACCCAGCGAUAUUUGGGCCGUCGGGAUCAUUACCUUUCAAUUAUUGACACGACAUCAUCCCUUUGAAGACCCGCACGUGAGACCCCGCAAAUUUCGAGAUUUGGAAUGGGUCGACAAUUUCUUUGCCACGCAUCCCUAUUUGGAACGAGUGUCACCAUCCGCACGAGACUUUGUCAAGCAAUUAAUGACCUACAAAGAUACGGAUCGAAUUACGGCAACGCAAGCUUUGGAACAUGAAUGGUUGCGUGAGGUGGAUCAAGUCAAAGGUACCGAGCGAAAAGAGGCUCUUCAGGAUUGUUUGUCCAACUUGCAAAACUUUGACGCCAAGAACAAAUUGGAGCAGGCAGCACGACUUUACAUUGCCAGCAAUUUACUCUAUGGCACCAGCGCCAAACGGAGCCUCGAUAGCGUCUUUCAUCAUUUGGACAAAGUUCUAGUCGAUGGUGUCAUAUCCCGUGACGAACUCAAAGUAGCCCUGGAAAAAGCUCACGGAAAGGGCAAGAGUGCCAAGGUGCAACAGCUACUUACCAAUACGUUUGACCGCGUCGAUGUCAACAAGGACGGGGUCAUUGAGUAUGCCGAGUUCAUGGCUGCGGCAGCCGACGAUUCCCUCUUGCUGACGCGGGAGAACCUACGAGAAACAUUUGACAACUUUGAUGUCAGCAAGACGGGGACGAUCACUGUGGACGAUCUCAAGGCACUGUGCAACCGAAACGAAAAGAUCAUGUCCAAGCGAGAUGCGAGGAAGCUCAUGCGCCAAGUGGAUCUGGACGGAGAUGGAGAAAUCACGUUUGCAGAGUUUUGCGCACUCAUGCAAGGUUAA